AGGUGUUGGAGGGGGGCGUCCGUCCAAUAGCCGAGUAUCUGACCUUCGAGGCACUCUCCGGGGCAGGCAUAGGUACCGCCCGUGUCCCUGGACUUUUUCUACCCUUCGACGCUCGUCUCGGGGCACCGGGCGGUCCUGUCCUUCGAGGUGAGUGUCUUAUUCUAUUUCCCGCUCGUCUUCUAAUCCUUGUUGUUUCUUGCAGGUUCUCCGCCAGACAGAGAUCAGAUGAAUCACGCCGAGUGUUUGAAGACAAGGAAGGCCAAAGCGGCCGCUGCUAAAGCCGCACUGGCGAAAGCCAAAAAUGCCCCCGCCUCGGAGUCCAACUCCUCGGCUUCUGACGCUGCCCGGCGAACUGCCGAGGGUGAGCAGCACCUGAUCGCUACUGUGCUGGCUCAGGGUUCUGGGGCUCCUGCUCUUGAAGCUGCCCUUCCACCGCCGGUCGUCCCGUCGAAGGCGGCCCCUCAAAAGGGGACGGAGAAAGUCCCCGAGAAGAGACAGAAGAGGGGCCGCGAGGCAGGCUCCGCCGGGCCCCUGCUUGAAGAUGCCGGCUCUCUACCAUUGAGCCGCCCGGCGGAAGAGCUUUGGAGGGAGAUGGCCUUCAAGGCCGGUCUCGAGCUGCCCAGCCGUUCGUCCUCUGAGGCGACAAGCGCUGCCCUGGCAGCCGCUCUUCAGUCUGGGCUUCUAGUCCUUCAGGCUGAAGCUGCCAGGGAGGCCGAUCUGAAGGAGGCCAAGGCUAAAGCUGAUGCGGCCGUUGCUGCGGCCCGGGAGGCCGCUCGUCGAGCGGAGGCGGAGGCGGCGGCCAAGGAGAAAGAGGUCGCCGCUCUGCGGGCGGAAUCCCGCCAGCAGCUGGUCAGCCUUGAGAAAGCUGGCUUCAAGCUUGUACCGGUGCACCGUGCUGCAAGGGAUGCCAGUCCGGAGUGGCUGGUUGAUACCUCCGGCUAUCGGAACACCGGGGAGUUUAUGGACUCCGCCAGGGACUACUGCGCCGGGGCCUUCGGUGACGUAUUCUCCGCAGCAUUGGCAAAGAUCCCGCCCCGGCAGCGCUUGGCGAGCGGCGUGCGGAUCCUGGAGAGCUCCCCCCUGUCGCAUAAAUUCCUCUACGAGGUCGGCGACAGCUCCUUCGCCGCUGGCUAUAAUGAGGGGGUCAAGGCCACCCUUCCCAUCUUCUCAAGGCUGCAGGGGGCCGGCUUCGAGCUUGCCGCACAUACAGACGAUGAUCUGCUUCUCCAAGCCUUGGGGAAAUUGGGGAGAGACCAACGGCGGGAGGAGGCCAAGGCUAGGGGGGAAGUUCCGGAACCCCCGUCCCCCGAGCCCGAGGAAGAGGAGCCGAAUCAGGGCGGCAGCCGACCGGAAUCCCCUUUCUUUGUAUAAUAUAAUUUGUAUUUUUCCGUUCGUGCUUUUGUAAUGUCCGGCCGUUAGAGCCGAAGAAUAUACAUCUUUUUGCCCAUAAUUGUUCCAUGUUCAUGAUUUCUACUUGUUAUUUUCCUUCCUUUUGUCCUUUGUUGUAUGGAAACUCCCCUUGUGUUUCGAUAUUCUCUGUCGCAUAGUCUGCGUGGACGUUCAUCUCUGUUCCCCAUUUAGUUUGGGGGCAGGGGCGUCUCUUUGCCAAAGCCCUGUACACAUUUAGUGCGCGGCGCCAGUGUUAAGGUCCGUCUUCGGACGGUGACACCCGGCGCCGAUACUGGCUGCCCCUCCUGCAACAGCAUUCUG